AUGCAAACUCCAGCCAGCUUUGUCGUGGACAAGGCGGCGCGUCUUGCGAAUGGCAACACCAUCCUGCCCGUCAAAACUCUCACAGACCCCCUCACCUGGAUGUCUGAAAGCUACCUGCGCGUCCUGUGGAAGCCCGCCCCUCACCCAGAGGCCCGCGACCCAAAGCGUGCCACCAUCUCUUUGGAAAUCGACGCCGAAACCAAGCAGCAUUUCGAACAUCUGGAAGCGGAAGUGCAAAAGCAAAUUCCGAGCCAAACCCUGCCCAACGGCAAAUACUUGACCAGCUACGACCUGAAAGACGCAACGACCGUGCGCGUGGUAGUCCGGGUCCGGCUAGUGUGGGUGGCACCCGCCCAGGUGAGCCUGUCCCUGGAAAAUUCCGACGUCAUGCUGGGGCCGAAGGCCGAGGACGACCUCUCAUGCCCUUUUAUGGCCCUGAGACGCCAACCGAAGCUCGUCGGACCAGCUCCCCUGCUUGAAACAAAACCCACACCCACACGGAAAACAUGGCAUCACUUGCACGCCAGCAAGCGCAGGUGUGCGCAGCCAUCGCCGCGGGCGCCCGCCCGCGCACCACCGUGGCUGGAGCCACUGUGCUUCCUGUUGCACGCGGCGCCAAUGGCGCGGGCGUCGUCUACCUCGCUCAACCUGAUGGCACAACACGCCAUUGGAGAGCUUUUAUUACCGGGAGACUGGCUCGCGCCCACCCACCAAGUGGUUGGACUUCGGCCAGCCACUGAUCCGAGAAGGCCCCAACGACUACGUGCUCUUGCCUUGCGGAACUGCCUCAAGCGACUCGUAAGGAGCCUGCAGCCGAACGGCAAAUUUCACGUGACAGGGCUGGGGAAGGUAUUCUUCCAAGACAAGUUUACAGAAUAUCUGGCCCACGUGCCGGUGAUCAUCCGCGGCACGCGAAGAAGGGGCAGGAACGCUGGCCAGGCCUACGAAAGGCCCGACAUGCUGCCAGUCACCACGCUGGGGCUCCGGCAGACGCGCCUGAACGAUGCUUUGUCGCAGCAAGAGAUCCUGGCCCGCAUCAAGCAAGACGUCUUUGCCCAAGGACUGGCCGACGGCCAAGGCAACAGAAUUAUCAUGGAGCAGAGCGAGGAAGUCUACUUCUUGGACAACUCUCGAGACUGGGUCAUCUCCUCUCAAUCCACACAGUACAUCAACGACGAGGUCCGGGUGGAAACCCUGCUGAACCAGCGCCUCGCAAGGGUCCGCGACGUCUCCUUCCAGCUCUUUGCCAGCCACGAAAUUCUGGACGAAGCCUUUGAGCCCUAG